CUUUUCCCUGUCCCCAGGCUGUAGCACAGACUGCCAGACCCACUGCCUCAUAGACUGCAGGCAGGGAUAUUACUACACAGCUGGCAACUGCUUGGAAUGUCCAACAGGUUUCUAUUGCCCUGGGGGUCAAGCAGCUCCAAGGAAAUGCCCACUGGGAACAGCCAAUGUACUUACAGCUCAAACAGACAUCACUGCCUGCCAGGUCUGUCCCAGUGGCUACCUCAGCCUGGAGAGUGGAGCUGGGUGCCGUGCAUGUCCAGAGGGAUAUUCCUGCCAUCCCCAAAGCGGUGUGCAGAGGAGCUGUGCUCCUGGUCACUACUCACCAGAGGGAGACUUGGAGUGCCAGGAAUGUCCAGAGACUUACAUCUGCCCGGAUGGACAGAGCAGACAGCACUGUGGGGCUGGUGAGCAGCCAAACCCGAGCCGCACUCAGUGUGUAACCUCCGCUCCCAGCCCGUUCCCAAGGGAAGACCCUCUGCUGUGCCAGCCCUGCCCAGCAGGUCACUUCUGUCCUGAUGGCCUUGCAGUCCCUCCAUGCCCAGCAGGGAGUUUCAAGCCCAAAGAGGAGCUUCACCCCCCCAGCAGCAGCAGCUCCUCAUGCUUGCCAGGACUUGGGUUGUGCUGGAAGUGCCCUGCUGGGUAUUUCUGCCCUGCUGGAGCAAGUCACCCAGUGCCAUGCCAGCCAGGCACACACAACCCUCUGCAAGGCCAGGAUGAAGCCACUGACUGCAGAGCCUGCCCAGCAGGGAGAGCUUGCACCCAGGCUGCCUUAGCCCAGCCUGAUGCUGAGUGCUUACCGGGGUACGUGUGCCCAGCAGGGUCAUCCAGCCCUCAUUCUCCCAGCAAUGCCUGUCCUCCAGGAACAGUUGGCAAUGAUUUCAACCUCUUUGAGAAGUCCCAGUGUGAAACAUGCCCAGCUGGAUUUGCCUGUGGGAGAGGAACAGGGGGGAAGCAGAAGCCCCCCACUCCGUGCCCAGCUGGUCACUACUGCCCACCAGGCACCAAGCACCCAACGCAGCACAAGUGUGCCCCAGGCACCUGGAGCAACAGGACAAGCCUGACCUCAGGAGAGGAGUGCUCCCCAUGCCCUGCAGGCUGGUUUUGCUUCGGAGGAGCCCGUUCUCCUACUGGGAUGUGCAGCUCAGGGCACUACUGCCCUCAGGGUACACAGAGGGGCACACAGUACCCCUGCCCCGCAGGAACCUAUGCCCCCAGGCUGGGAAAUGGGAGAGUGGAAGAUUGUGCUGCCUGCCCCGCGGGAGCCUUCUGCCCCAGUGGGACCUCCAAGCCAGUUCUGUGCCCAGUAGGAACCUAUCGCACAGAACAUGGUGCAGCAGUGGCUGCAGAUUGCACCCCUUGUCCUGGAGGGUAUUACUGCCCUGAGCUGGGCACCGUAUCUCCUCAACCCUGCGGUGCUGGCAACUUCUCAGACCAAGGUUCAGCCUCCUGCUUGCCAUGCCUGGUGGGACAUUACUGUGCUGGAGAGCACACCAGCUCGGAGGUGAUGCUCCUAGCCAUGGUUUGCCCAGCGGGUCUGCUGUGCCCACAAGGACAGGCUGCUGUUCCAGACACCAGUGCAAAUGCCUGCCCAAGAGGAUACUACUGUCCCCAGGGAGACACUGGUAAGCCUUGUCCCAGUGGGACCUAUGGUGAGCAGAUGGGUCUGAGCAGUGUUGCUGAAUGCUUGCCCUGUCCCAUGGGGAAGUACUGCUACAGAGAGGGGAUUGAGCCUCCAGGAAUUCCCAACCCUACAGGGGAUUGCCCACCUGGCUAUCGCUGCCCUCCGGGGACUGGAUUCCCUUUCUCCUUCCCCUGUAUGCCAGGCUUCUUCUGGGAUAAUUCCAGCACAGAGGGUGAAGACCCUUGCACACCGUGUCCACCUGGGUACUACUGUGACUCUCCUGCCAUGCCAGAGCCCAAAGCUUGCCCAGCAGGCUUUUACUGUGUGGAAGGCAGCUCUAAACCUGAACCCUGCCCUGAGGGGACAUACAGUGGCAGGCAGUGGUUAUCUGGACCCUCAGAGUGCAGCCCAUGUGCCCGUGGGUUCUACUGUGCUGCUCCAGGACAGACUGGGCCAAGUGGUCCCUGUAAGGCUGGAUUCUACUGCCAGGGCAGAGCCCUCACACCACUGCCCACAGAUGGUGUGACAGGAGACGUGUGUCCUGCUGGGGCUUACUGCCCACCCGGCUGUCCCUCACCCAUCCCCUGUCCUGCAGGGACUUACAGCAACCUCAGUGGGUUGAGGAGCCUCCAGGAGUGCUUGGACUGCCCACCUGGCCUGUAUUGUGAUGGGACGAACAGCCAAGCUCCCUCAGGACCCUGUGAAGCUGGCUACUUUUGCACAGGAGGUGCCAAGAGUGCUCUUCAGCAAGUGGUGAUGGAAGGGCAUUAUUCCUUACCAGGAGCUUUCAAGCCAGAGCCCUGUCCUCUUGGCAGCUUCCAGCCUGCUCGUGCUCAGGCUCUUUGUAGGGACUGUCCAGAGGGUACAUUCUGCAGUGAGGCAGGCCUGGCUGCACCCCAGGAUUGUCCCAAAGGGCAUUUUUGCUUGGCUGGAAGCUCCUUCCCUCUCCCAUGUCCAGUGGGAACCUACACCGAUGUAGUCAGGGCAGGUUCUUGCAAGCCCUGCCCCGCAGGCAUGUACUGCAGCAGGGCUGCUCUGACUGAGCCAGAGGGACAUUGCCAGCCAGGGUAUUACUGCCUUCAAGGUUCCAGCACCUCCUCACCCAUGGGGCUGCCAGUUGGGGAUCUCUGCCCACAAGGACAUUAUUGCCCUGCUGGCACAACCCACCCAAAAGAGAUGCCGUGUCCUGCUGGCACCUGGAAUGCACAGAGGGGAGCCCAGGAUGCCACUUGGUGCCUGCCUUGUGCCCCUGGGUUUUUCUGCAACAUGUCUGGCCAGGCUGCUCCUGAGGGACUCUGUGCACGAGGCUAUUACUGCACGGGAAGGACAAAGACUGCAAAGCCAGAGGAUGGGCUCACUGGAGAUCUCUGUCCUCGAGGACAUUUCUGCCCUGCAGGCUCAGCAGCCCCUUCUCCCUGCCCCAGUGGGGAAUACAGCAAUGCAACAGGUCAAGAGAAAUGCUUCCCUUGCCCUGCUGGGUUCCACUGCUCAAGUGGACUGCGCCGUCGCUGUCCUCCUGGCUUCUAUUGCCCUCAGAACACUGGAAUCAGCUUUUAUCCCUGUCCCCCUGGGACCUACAACCCCUCCUAUGGCCUCAGCCAGGCUGAGCGGUGUCAGCACUGCCCUGCAGGGAUGUUCUGUGGAGAAUGGGGAUUAUCCUCUCCAAGUGGUCCCUGUUGGCCAGGAUUCUUCUGCACAGCAGGAGCAAGCAUCCCAAACCCUGAUGGAGCCACAAACACGAGCACUGGUGGUCCGUGCCCCCCUGGCCACUUCUGCCCAGCUGGCACAAGCAUCCCCCAGCAAUGCCCUAUGGGCACUUACUCUGACAGGCUCUACAACAGGCAGGACUCCAGCUGCACAGUGUGUCCAUCUGGCUAUUACUGCAGCUCUGCUGGCCUCACAGCACCCUCAGGACCCUGCUCGGCUGGCUACUACUGCUCGAGUGGAGCUUCCUCACCAUCCCCACAGGGUAUGUGGGAGAAAGGAGGUCCUUGUCCUGUGAGCCACUUCUGCCCAGAAGGAAGCAGCUUCCCCUUGCCCUGCCUUGCAGGGACUUACAACAACCUCACCAGACAAGCUGCAUGCUUCCCCUGUGCUGCAGGCUACUACUGCCCAGAAAACACCACCAGCUACAGUAUGAACCCCUGCCCAGCUGGCUUUUACUGCCCCAAAGGAACCAGGUUUGCUACUGAGUUCCCCUGUCCGCGGGGCUACUAUAACCCUGAUCCCAUGACACAGAGCUUGGAUAGCUGCUUGCCCUGUCCUCCUGGGCACUACUGUGGGAAGGAGAACUUGACAGCUGCCUCAGGCAUGUGUGAUGCAGGUUGGUUUUGCAUCUCAGCUGCUUGGACCUCACAGCCUUUUGAUCUGGAUAACUACACCAAUACCAACUGCCUCUGCCCAGCCACUGCCACUGGAGGGAAGUGCACAGCUGGUUUCUAUUGCCCCAAAGGAAGCCCAGAGCCACUUCCUUGUCCUCCAGGGUUUUACUGCAAUGCCUCAGGUCUGUCUGUGCCCACUGGGGAAUGUACUGCUGGUUUUUACUGUAAAGCUGGAGCAACAAUCCCUAACCCAACAGAUGGUGUGACUGGGAAUAUCUGCCCUGGGGGCACUUACUGCACUGCAGCAUCAGCAGUACCCAAGCUCUGCCCUGCUGGCACCUUUUCCAGCCUCCAGGGGAGGAGAACGCUUUCUGAGUGCCAGCCUUGCCCCUCUGGCUUCUAUUGUGAGGAACCUGGCCUCACUGCUCCGACCGGACAGUGCUGGGAAGGCUAUUACUGUAACAACCAGCAGGGGCCAGUUAUUGAUUUUACCCUUUACCCAUGCCCACGAGGGUUUUACUGCCCAGCAGGAACAAACAGCAGCACUCAGUACAGCUGCCCUGCAGGAACCUUUGGACCAAGGCAAAAACUGAAAGCAAUCACAGAAUGCCAAAGGUGUCCACCAGGAAAAUACUGUGAAUUCUCUGGGCUUGCUGCCCCAACAGGAGAUUGUGCUGAGGGGUUCUGGUGCAAAAGUGGUGCCCGAGUAAGAGCCCCCCAAGAUGGAGAAUCAGGACUUCCUUGUCCUCCUGGUCAUUAUUGCCCUGAAGGUGCCCCCCUUCCAUUGCAGUGCCCUCCUGGCACAUGGGCUGGUGGUGAAGGCAGCAGGAGCUUGCAGGAGUGCCAGCCUUGCCCUGGGGGAUAUUACUGCAAUAGCUCAGGGCAGAGAGCCCCCUCAGGACCCUGCAGCCCAGGGUACUACUGCAUCUCUGGGGCCCGGUCCUCCGCUCCCACUGAUGGCCUCUCAGGAGCUCCGUGUCCAGUCAGUCACUUCUGUCCUCUCGGAUCCAGCAGUCCAGCUCCAUGCCCCCCUGGCUCCUAUGUGCCACACACCCAUGGAGAGGAGUGCCGUGCUUGCCCAGAGGGGGAAUACUGUGUCUCUGGUGAGAAGCCACAGCCCUGUCCCCAAGGGUAUUUCUGUCCCAAGGGCACAGCUCUUCCUUUUGCUUGUCCAGCAGGGUCCUAUAACCCUUCUCCAAGGCAAGGCAGCUGCCUCCCCUGUCCUGAAGGGUUCUUCUGCCCCCAAAAUUCCUCUUCCUUUAUGGAGAAUGAAUGCCCAGCUGGCCACUACUGCCCUCCAAGUACUGCCUCUGCCACUCAGUUCCCAUGUCCAAAGGGGACUUACAACCCCCAGACUGGAAGCAGCCUGAAGUCUCACUGCACCCGCUGUGACCCAGGCAAGCGGCAGCUAAGGACAUCUCAAUAUGACAGGAGAAUGUGUGAAAAUUGGGAAUGUUCUUGA